UCUCUGAUUGGCUCAUGAUUGACUCACGUUUACAAAUUCAUAAUUGUCGUCUGUAUUGUAUGUAUCCGGUUAGUUACUCUUCAAAAUGUAUUCUCUAUUUUAUAUUUUGUAUUCUCGGUUGUUAAAGACGAUUUAAUAGUAAGCCAAGUUUUAACCAUGUCUAGUCAAUGUAGCUAUUUUCAGCUAACGAAAGACGGUUGAGUUUGCUCACUUAACAUUUAGCGUUAAGUUAGCUGACGAUAACGUUGGCUAUCUAAUUUUUUUCAAGAUAGCUUGCCAACUCACUCAGUUAGCCAAUUUGACUCACUAGCAAAUGAAUUGGGGAGCUCACCCUGUCAGCCAACAUGAUUGUAUUGUAUUUACUAACGUUACUUAACUAGUAGCUCGCUAGCAUGCCAACAUAGCUAGGAUGCUACUAGUGUUUGCUUAGGCUAUGGUCAGUGAGGCUGUCCGACAGAGUCAGGUUUGACAAUGAGUGCCGAAAUCAAAGUAAAACGGCUGUCCUCGAAGAAGAGGUCCAGGGAUAGACGAAUAAGUCAUCUCACGCCCGCAAGGAAAAUGACUAGUGCUUCUGGACGACGAUGUCCUGACAACACGGGACAGAUAGAGCUUUCCAGAGCUAUGGACCAAUCCAUGGAUGCAAAGUUCAGUGAGUACUGCAGUGACACUGAGGACUUAUUUGGGGACUAUGACAGCAUUGUAAACGACAGCUCUUCCCUGGCAAAGCUCGAUAGAGUAGGGCAGAACAUGAGACCGCAUGACAUUGACCAUACAACCAGCAUCAGAUGCCCUGUGGUUCUGCUUGCUGGGAACCCUGACUUCACUUCACUGAAGUCUUCAACGGACAACUGUCCAAAACAAUCAUGUGAUGACUCAAUGACAGAAUCAUUCCUGGAGGACUUCACGGAUGAUGCUUUCCUAGACAUGCCAAGCUCACAACUCGCUUUUCUACAAGAUCCCCAAACAGCAGACAGGAACUGCUGUACAGAUGAGGACAAAACCUCCAUGCCUAUGAGACAUCCUGAGAAGUCUGUCAGCACUGAAGAUAGAAAUGAGAGGCAUAUCGCCCCCAAGGCAAGGAAGAGCGUGUCCGAUCAUCUGAAGAGAGCUAUGAUGGCUAAUGCAGCGACUCCUUCUAGUGUCUCCCGGACUGCAGUGCAGAAGGAGGCCGUAGUUACAGAGGAGAUCAGUGUUGCCAUGCAGGCUAUGGAAUCUGUCUCCAUGGUGACAACAGACCUUGGGCCUUUCUUUGGUCUUCCCACCAAAGUGAAGGAGCUGAUAUGCAAUCUCAAAGGAAUCAAAGAUUUAUAUGAAUGGCAGAAAACUUGUCUAAACCUGGACUCAGUUCAGCAGAGGAGAAACCUCAUCUACUCUCUUCCCACCAGUGGUGGGAAGACUUUGGUGGCUGAGAUUCUUAUCCUCAAAGAGCUUCUGUGCAGAAAGAGGGAUGCCCUUUUCAUCCUGCCUUAUGUAUCUCUAGUGCAGGAGAAGGUUCGAGGGUUGGCCAGUUUUGGCCUGGAGCUAGACUUCAUGGUGGAGGAGUAUGCUGGCAGUAAGGGCAGGUUCCCUCCAGUGAAGGGAAGGGGCAAGAGGUCCCUGUACAUUGCCACUAUAGAGAAGGCACACGGCCUGGUAAACUCCCUCAUAGAGGCUAACAGACUGGACAAUGUGGGGCUGGUGGUUGUGGACGAGCUCCACAUGUUGGGUGAUGGUAGCAGAGGAGCUAUCAUUGAGAUGACUCUAGCCAAAGUGCUAUAUAUCAGUAAGUCAACUCAGAUCAUUGGAAUGAGUGCUACUCUGGGCAAUGUCCAAGAUAUACAGAAGUUUCUGAAGGCAGAGAACUACACUAAUGACUUCAGACCGGUUGAGCUGAAGGAGUAUGUGAAACUGAAGGACAUCAUAUACGAGGUGGACCCCAAGGAGGAGGAGUGCUUCAGGUUCUCUCGGCUCCUGAACUUUAAGUACUCCAGUGCCAUGCAGAAGAUCGAUCAGGAUCACAUUGUUGCCUUGGUGACUGAGGUCAUUCCAAGCCAGUCUUGCCUUGUCUUCUGUCCCACCAAGAAGAACUGUGAGAAUGUGGCUGGGAUGAUCUGCAAGUAUCUGAAAGAGGACUUUAUCCAGCACAAGCAGGCAGAGAAGGCUGUGUUGCUGGGGGAGCUGAGGAGCAGUGGGAACGGCUCCCUGUGUCCGGUGCUCAAGAAGACGGUGCAGUACGGCCUGGCUUACCACCACAGUGGGUUGACCAGUGAAGAGAGGAAGCUGGUGGAGGAGGCCUACUCUGCAGGGGUUCUCUGUCUCCUCACCUGCACCUCUACACUGGCUGCAGGGAUCAACCUACCUGCUCGGAGAGUGAUUCUGCGUUCUCCGUACGUGGCGGCAGACUUCCUGAAGAGGAGCCAGUACAAGCAGAUGGUGGGGAGGGCUGGACGGGCCGGGAUAGACACUCAUGGAGAGAGCAUCCUCAUCCUACAGGACAAAGACAAAGUCUUGGUCAAGAAGCUUGUAUCCGCACCAAUGGAAAUCUGCAUAAGCAAUCUAAUGCAUAGCGACGGAAAGGGUGUCCUGAGUCUCAUCCUAUCCGUCAUUGGAUUAAAUAUCACGAACAGCUUAGAGCAGAUCAGGGACUUCAUGAGUGGCACGUUGCUGUCUGUCCAGGAGAAACAGGUGUGCUUGGAGAGGAGCCUGUGGGAGGUGACACAGGAGUGUGUUGAGCUGCUUAAAGAGAAAGGCCUCGUCACCGUGUCCACAGAGCCACAAGAUGGGACUCUGCAAGUCACCAAGCUAGGAAGAGCUACUUACAAAGGCUCAGUGGAUCUGACCUACUGUGACCUCCUGUAUAGAGACCUGUCUAAAGGCCUGGAGAGCCUGAUGCUGAACAGUUUCCUCCACCUCAUCUACCUGGUCACACCCUAUGACAUGGUCUCCCAGUGUAAGCCUGACUGGAUGGUCUACUUCAGACAGUUCACAUUGUUAUCAGCUGCGGAGCAAAAGAUGUGUGCAGCAGUUGGUGUGUCUGAAAGUUUUGUUGCUAGAAAGGCUGCUGGACAGAAUGUCAAGAAGAAUAUUGACCAGGUGGUGGUGAGUCGGCUGUACCUGGCCCUGGUACUGCUGUCCCUGCUGAAGGAGACUGACCUGUGGAGCGUGGCUGACAGGUUCCAGCUCAGCCGGGGCUUCAUCCAGACACUACUCAGUUCUUCCUCAGUAUUCUGCUCCUGCGUGCUGCACUUCACCGAGGAGCUGGAAGAGUUCUGGCCCUUCAAAGCUCUCCUGACUGAGCUUACCCGCAGGCUGACCUACUGUGUCCAGGCCGAGCUCAUCCCUCUCAUGGAGGUAGCAGGAGUCAUGGAGAGAAGAGCCAAGCAGCUGUACAAUGCUGGAUAUAAGACACUGGCUCAUCUGGCCAAUGCUGACCCAAACGUUCUCGCCAAGACUGUGGAGAACCUCUUCAAGAAGCAAGCAAAUCAGAUUGUUGCUUCGGCAAAAAUGCUGCUGAAUGAGAAAGCUGAUGCCCUUCAGGAGGAGAUGGAUGACUUAAUGAUGUUUCCUCUUGAUCUCCUCUCUUUGUAAAAUGUUGCUGCAGUGGAUUUAUUGUGUGACGAUUACUUUUUUAUUUAGCUUGGUGUGUUAAUAUUGUUUAGUGGUGUAUCAUUGUUUAUAGUUUAUCGGAGUGAUAUUAUAAAAUGUAUUUUUGGGA